CAUGUUAAUGUUUUUGUUUUCAUUUCGUUUUAAUUUUGAUUUAAUUUUUUGUUUCUCCUAACAUGUUAAUUAGUUGAUCAAUUGAAUUGAUUUUUUUUUGUGUCGAAGUUACAAUUGAUUCUCUGGUAUCAUGUUAUCAUUUAAAACAAUCGUUUCUCGAGUACAACCACUAAGGAAUCGAGUAAUUUUAAUGUCUCAAGUUUUUAAUUCACUUUCAAUUAAAUCAAUUGCAAGUAAUACUAAUUAUUCCGAGACUUCAAGUGAGAAGAGAAAAUGUUUACCCACUGAACCAAAUUCGCCAAACCAAUCUUGUCAAACUGAGGAAACUAAAUCAAGUCCAGUUGAAACUUACAAUCAUAAUAAGAUGAUUGCUCAAAGAAAUAUUACUGGAUCAUUAAUGGAAGAGAGUUUAAUCAAAGAAGAGGAAAAAUAUCAGACUAAAUUAUCAGAAAUAAUUGAGAUAUUUUAUUCCAUCGAUGAAUCUGUUAGGCCGGAAACUCUGAAAGCAACUGACGUUGAUUAUAUGGUGAAAAUGAAACCAAGACAAAUCAGAAGUUACAUUAAAAGUAUGGGAAAGUUACAAGCUAAAAGAGAGUCUAUGGUUGAAUAUAAGCAAGAGAUCAAAGAGGCCAUUUUCUCAAGACCUAAACCUGAACUCGGAGUCACUUUCGACCAAGAAACCGGUAAACCGAUUUACAAAUUCCACAACAUUUGUCCCGUUUGUAGUUAUAAUAUCACAAAGCGAAUGCGUGAGUAUUGCCUCAGUCGAAUCGCUCAAUGGAAACUAGCGGGAACACAGAAAAUUAUAUUCGACUUUGAUUACGACCAGUAUAUGACCGCUAAACAACACAUGACGAUAACUGCUCAGGUUAAAAUUAGCAUGGGAAUUUUAAAAGAAUCGCCUGAACCGAUUGAAUUAUUUUUCUGUAAUCUUAAACCAGAAAGUCCAGUUGCAAUAUUUGAUCUUGAUUUUAAAUCAUUAUCAUCUAAUAUGAUCGAGGCAACUUCCAAAUCUUAUCUUGAUCUAUUUCCAAAGGAAAGGUUAGUUUAUUUAACUGCGGACACCGAUAAUGUGCUUAAAUAUGAUCCUGAUGAUAUUUAUAUUAUCGGAGGGAUGAUUGAUACUUUAACCAAUGAACCUUUAUCAGCCAUUAAAUCACAACGAGAGGGACUUCGAACAGCUAAAUUACCUUUAAAUGAUUAUGUUUCUAUACGAAAUGAAGUUAAAUCACUUAAAGUUAGUCAAGUUUUUGGAAUAAUUUGUCAACUUUGUUCAAGUUCCAAUGACAAUAUGAUGGAAGCUUUAAAAAAGUAUAUUCCAUUUCGUAUUCGACCAGAGGCUGAACUUGAUCGAAUUGGGGAAAGAUUUGAAAAAGCAAACCUUAAAUCACGAGAAUCGUUGAAAAAUAAAUUCUCAUUAACAGAUGAAGAAACUGAUGUUAUGAUAUUAUUAGCUGAAUAUUAUAAACGUGAUGGUGGAUUAGACAGUUUAGAUUCUAAUUGUUAAUUUAUAAAUAAUAAUAUAAAUAAAGGUUAAUUUGAUCACCCUCAAUAAAUGUACAUUGUAUAUAAUUGAUUUUGUUGGUUGUUUUUUUAACAAAACAACAUAAAUAUAUCAACUUAUUGUAAUUUUGCUUACUUUAGAAAGUAUUAAAUUAUGUGUUUAUAAUAAUUAA